CAGUUUCAGCUAGCUCGAUCACACGCCAACACACCAAGCUAGUCGACGACUCGUACGCCGCCAUGAGCGACGCCCAAGCGCAGCCCAUCCGCCCCGGCGACGUCUACCCGCCCUCCGCCGCCGAUCACCACCAGGCUCGCCGCGAACGCGACAAGGCUGUCGCCGCCGACCAAGGUGGCGGCGGCGGCGACCUCCGUGUCACCGAGGCCGACCUCCCCGCCGCCGGCAAGCGCGUCGUCACCGCCACCGCCGGCGGGCAGGUGAUGGCGCAGUUCACCGUGCCUGUGCCGAGCGCGGAGGAGGAAACCACCGACGCGGUCACCAUCGGCGAGGCGCUGCAGGCGGCGGGAUCCGACGACAACGAGCCCGUCGGCCUCGCCGACGCCGCGGCGGUGCAGGCCGCCGAGAUGCGCACCACGGGGCUGGCCGGCGUCGUCCCCGGCGGCGUCGCGGCCGCGGCGCAGCAGGCCGCCGAGGCGAACAUGAGGCGCCGCCCCGACGGUGACGACGGGGAGAACAAGGCCACCACGACGACGCUGAUGAAGGACGUGGUGGGCGGCGCCGCGGAGGCGCUCCCGGCGGACAUGGUGGCCACCAGGGAGGACGCCGACAGAGUGGCGGCCGCCGCGGCGCGGAACGCGGCCAGGCGCGGCGGCGGCGGCGGGAAGGGCGUGGCGGAGGCGGUGGCGGCGGCGGCGGAGAUGAACGAGGGGAGGAUGGUUUAAUGCAUGCGUAGUACGCAUACUUUUCAAGUUUUCAUCAGCUGUAUUAUUGUACGCUUUGUGUUGGUGUAUCGCUCUUGUUAUUUCUCUAUUUCUCUAUGUAGUACUGUCGAGUAUGAACCAGCAAAAAAUAUGGUAUGAUGAUUAAUAUAGUUGAUCUAGAAAUGCACUGUACGUGUGGGAAAAAUCUUGC